GUCCGACCUUUUUGCUUACCAAAAAUGGCACUUGGUUCAGCGAUCACUGCAGCACUGGUCUUUGUGUUGGCUUUUGCUAGGGUUCAAGUCUCAACUUGCCAUGUCCUCGAUGCCAACAUCUCUUGUCUCGACUGCAAACAUAAUUAUGACUUCUCAGGCAUCAAAGUUGCAGUGAAGUGUGAUAAAGUUAAGAAACUAGCCACUGCUACCACCGAUGAAAAUGGUGCUUUCAAAGUGGAGCUUCCGCCAACAUCUGUGGACUGCCUCGCCAAGCUCCUCGGUGGACCGAACAACCUCUACGGUAAGAACAAGAACCUGGUGUCGAAGGUUGUGAAGGUGAGCCAUGACGUGAAUUCUUACACCAUUUCCACUCCACUUGCUUUCUCAACUUCAUGCCCUUUGGCUUCCAUUGGUGCUAAAUCUUGUGGAGUGGGUUCAUCCAAGACCGUUGAUCUGCCAGUUCCCCCGGAGUGGGGGCUUGCACCGUCCAGCUAUUACGUUCCCUUCAUCCCCAUCAUCGGUAUACCUUGAUACUUCUUUGCUGUAA